AUGGAAUUUAGCGAACUCAAAACUCUAGAAAAUUGUUCAGAAGCUGAAGCCGUCGUAGUUCUUGAGAAGUUCAUAGCAAACUAUUCUCAAGUUUUUACCUUUCCUGAUUUGGAUGGAGAGCUCAAAAGGGAAUGUGUGGAACUGAUCCUAGAAUGGCUGAAGAAGCCACAGAUUGCACCCAAAACAUCCAUUGCCUGCUUGCAAGCAUUUCGUAUUCUCAGCCGAGAUAAAACCAACAUGCAGGCAUUGACCACAAAGAAUGCCCUGGACACUCUCAUCAUGGUGGCUGGGAUACAGCAUUAUACUCAGCAGGACAUCAAUGAUGUGGCUGUGACAAUCUGCGAUGGUGACCAAACAGUAAUGGUAGAGGCUCAGAAGUGUCUUUGCAAUGUCAUAUUCAACAGCAUUGAGGCACAGAGAUACUGCUGCAAGUCUGGAUGUGUUGAUGGCGUUGUCCAAAGACUGAAAACCUAUGGAGAUCCAGAUGUCCAGUUUGAUGUCAAGUUUUUCGACAUGAGAAUUCUCUUCUUGUUGACUGCAUUGCCUGCAUGCAUUGAAACAAGACCUCGAGUUCGUUAUGAACUGCAUGGAUUCACAUAUCUGAUGGAGGUUCUGGAUCUGACGCUACGUGACGCUGAGUCACAGGAUAGAGGACUGACCGAUCAGCAAGUGGAGUUAUGUGCAGAGAUUCUCAAAAUUCUGUUUAAUCUCACCAUCUCCAGGGAGAAGAAAUCUGUUGAUGAGGAAGAAGAAGCUCACUUUAUGCGUCUAGUCAGUAUCCUACAUGACCUUCUCAUGAGCACAAUCAUGUCCAAAGACAAGAAGGAAGACCUUCAGAGCCAUAUUGUGAAUCUCCUCAUUAAUAUACCCGCUGACUUCUAUGAAGAACUGCUUACUCCAGUGGUGGAGGAUGAGAAAGGAGUAGAGAAAGAAAUGGAAUAUGAUGGAAAGAAUAUGGAGGCCAUCAGCGUCAUUCUAGACUUUCUAGAUCAUAGAUUACGCACAUCCACAAAGAAUGUGAAGGAAAGCCUGGCUCCAAUCUUGCAUUGCUUGUGUGAGGCUUGUCGUCAUAACCGUGCCAUCAGAAAGUUUUGCCGUCUCAAGGUGCUGCCACCCCUGCGUAGUGAAGUCAAACGUUUGCCAGAAGAAGGGGACUCUCUCAGAAACAAGCUGUGUAAGCUGUUGACCUCACCAGUUACUGAAGUCAAAGAUCUUGUUGCCCACUUCCUGUUCAUUUUGUGCAAGGAAAACGUCAGCCGAAUGGUCAAAUACACUGGAUAUGGCAACUGUGCUGGACUACUGGCUCAGUUUGGCUUACUCAAACUAGGAGACAGUGGACAACGCAAAGGGGACUACUCUAGCAACUCUGAGGAUUCAGAAACUGAAGAGUAUGCAGAGCUGAAAGAUCAAGUAAACCCAGUCACUGGGCGAUGGGAAGCAGAAAGACCGGAUCCAAUGGCUGGCAUGUCUGAUGAACAGAAGGAGUAUGAAGCCCACCAGCUUCUCAACACGAUUGACAAGUUACAGAGACAAGGGGUUGUUCAGCCAUGCCGUGUGAGCGAUGAAGGAAAGCCGGUCCCAGUGGGCCAUGUUCUGGAAUUGUUGGAAGGCCAAGGAGGAGCAGAGGGUGGAGAGACUGUGGAUUCUGAUCAGGAUUAA